AUGACGGGCACACUACCACAUCCUUUUGACGGCAUCACCCCUGGGGAGAUCCAAUUGGCCACCAAGAUCCUGGCAGCGGCCUUUCCGGGGGUCAAUUUGCGGUACAAGAAGAUCGAUAUCCAGGAGCCAACGAAGAAGGAAGUUGUCCCUUUCAUCGAAGCCGAGAGAUUGGGCAAGCCACUUCCUCCUAGACCGGCUCGGUUGCUGCAAGUCCUUUUUCAUCGCUCGGAUAAUGGUGCCUUCUUCAAGGCACUGUUGAACGCUGGAACGCGGUCAAUACUCUAUGCCAAAGAGCUGCCGAAGGAGAUCCAGGGCCCCGUCGAUGCCGACGAGCUCGUCGAAAUCGAGGCCAUGUGUCUCCAGCACCCGGCCGUCAAGACCGAAGUGGCUAAACUCCAGCUUCCUGCCGGAGUGACAGUCUGCAAUGACCCCUGGAUCUAUGGCACCGAUAAUCCGAAGGAACACCGUCGCUUGUUCCAAUGCUACAUGUACAUCGUGGCCACGGACCAUCCCGAGAACAACCACUACUCGCUGCCCUGCAAAUUCUCUCCCGUCUUCGACGGCAUCACUCGGGAGCUCGUGCGCAUGGACUACCUCCCUGGUGGUCCUGACUCUCAGACUACCGAAACUCAACCGUGGAAGCCGGUCGAGACCAUCCAAUACGCACAUGAUCUGCUACAGGAGCCGCUGCGCACCGACCUGAAGCCCUACAUCGUGCAACAGCCGCAAGGCGCCUCGUUCACUGUAAACGAUAAUCUGGUCUCGUGGCAGAAGUGGAAGUUCCGGGUCGGCUUCAACAGCCGAGAGGAUCCCCGCGCACCCUACCACCGCAAACAGGCAUUCGACGUCGGCGACGUCGGCUUCGGCAUCACAGCCAACCAGCUAUCCCUCGGCUGCGACUGUCUCGGCCACAUCAAGUACUUCGACGGCUACCGUGCCGACGCCAAAGGCAACCCGGUUCUCCUCAAAAACGUCAUCUGUCUCCACGAGCAAGACAACGGCCUGCAACACAAACACACAAACUACCGCACCGGCACCGCAACAGUCGUCCGCAACCGACAGCUCGUGGUGCAAAUGGUCUGCACCGUUGCCAACUACGAAUACAUCUUCGCGUUCAUCUUCGACCAAGCGGCCAACAUCGAGCUCGAGGUUCGCGCCACCGGCAUCCUCUCCACCGUGCCUUUCGACAACCAGACCUUCGGCACCACCGUCCCAUGGGGCACGAACGUCGGACCCGGCGUGAUGGCGCCGUACCAUCAGCAUAUGUUCUCGUUCCGGAUGGAUCCCGCUCUCGACGGGUUCCACAACACGGUCUACUACGAAGAUAGCGUGCCGAUGCCCGAGGACGAGAAUAACCCGUACAACGUGGGCUACACCACGGAGCAAACGGUCCUGAAGACCAGCGGAACCGCCAACACGAGCGUGGAUCGUCACCGUGUGUUCAAGAUCCGAAACGACUCCCACAUCAACCCCAUCACCUACAAACCCAUCGCGUAUAAGUUGCAGACGUCGCCCGCGCAGAUGCUCCUGGCCAGUCCGCGAUCGUACGGCGUGAAGCGAGCCGGGUUCGCGACGAAGCCAAUCUGGGUGACGAAGUAUCAAGACGGCGAGCUCUACGCGGCGGGCGAAUUCACGAACCAAAGUAAGGAAAGCCAGGGCGUCGAGAAGUGGGUGGCGCGGAAGGAUUCGGUGGAGAAUGACGACGUGGUGCUUUGGCAUACAUUCGGCUUAACCCACAACCCCCGGAUCGAAGACUUCCCCGUCAUGCCGAUGGAGCGGGUCAGCGUGAUGCUGAGACCCGACGGCUUCUUCACGAAGAAUCCCGCGCUCGACGUUCCCCCGUCAAACCAGGCCUUCAACCAGUCGACACUGCACCCGGAGCCAGCUCCAGCAUGUUGCGCGCCUGGAUCCGACCGGACGGUGAAGCUGUAA